CCUCGUUACCAGUGCUUUGUAGGAACCGCGCGAAAACCAAAAUGGCGAACACAUUUUGACAAAUUUUGAACGGUUGUAACCAUUUGUAACAUUUUAAUAAAGACGAAAUACACCAUACGAAAUGCUUACAAGGUAAGGAAAACUCUUUCUGAAGUUAGUGUAGCUCUUGUUUCAUAUUCUUCGUCAAUAAAGAACCAAGUAUUUUGUGUAUUUUAUGGUAAAAAGCGACCACGAAGAGCGACUAUCAAGACAACGUGAUGAAGAUGUCUCUUCUUCCAGGGUUAGUACUGAAAUUGUUGUAUUUUGAACGUAGAUAUAAGAUGUAAUGAGUGAUGUAACUUUAGCCGGGGCAAGUAAAAAUCACUACGCGCAAGAAGAGGUUGCUUGGUUGCCCGAUUGGGCAAGUUGUUUUGUCAGAAAUUUAAUUGCUACACUAAAAUACUAAAUUGUUUGCUUGUUUAUGGUAUGCAUCCAGUCUGUUUUCGAUUCUUCAUUAGUAAAUUAGGUAAAAUCAACACUUCAUGAUCAAGUCUGCAAAUGACUUCAAAGUUAAAGAAAACAUAAGAUUAGAAUGUUCCUUAGGCCGAGGGAAUUAAAGUCAUAGCCCACCGGGCACAUGAUGUUGUUUCAACGUUGAAAUUUGGUUGAAAAAAGGUUGCGACAUCGCGACAACCCAAUAUCAACGUUGCUCUAACCUUGUUUUACAAACGUUGGUUCAACGCAGCAAACAGACGUCAAAUCAACGUUCGUUUAUGGUUGGUUAUACAACGUCAACUUGUGAAGUAUUCUCAAUGUUGUUUCAACGUGGAUUCAACGUUGAAUUAUGGUUGACGAGAUUGGCAACCUAUUCUCAACGUUGUUUCAACGUCAAAAGAGUAACGUCAAUCCAAUUUGCAUUUUCAAUCCUUUAAUUUCAAAUAUGUCUAUCCAACGUCUGGGUGAUGAUUUCCAACGUUGAUUCAACGUUGAAUAAACAUCGUUUUGCCCGUUGGGAGAAUACCAUCCUUAUAAUUUCAAAAAUAGAAGAGGCUUUUUUCAUUAUUCAUGAUUUUUAGAAAUGUGUGAAAAUUGGUCGAACGUAGGCAAGUGAAUUUUAUUCCGGGCAACCAAUUUUCAUGUGUGACUUGCCCUGAUAGCUAGACUGGUUAAAAUAGUUAAUAGGUUUAAUACACCAUUGAUAACAGUUUCCAAAAUGGCACAAGACAAAUUCCAGCGACAUUAUUGAAAAAAGACUUGUACCAUUUCAACAGCUUGUACCAGCCUAGGAUUUGUUCGCACUGCUUGUUCCCAGCUUGUUGGCAAGUUGCUACGCGGUUGUUGAACGGCAACAGACUUGUUACCUUUUAUUGUAUGAGUCACUGAGUAGAAAUUUGCUAUUCAGUUUUAAAUAUUUAAUUUGAACCCUGAUUAUUGACCUGUAUUUAUAUUUGUUGAACAGCGGAAAAGGGCUCGUGAUGACAGGGACGAUAUACCAGAUAAUCGAGAAAGACGUAGAAAUGACGAGCGUAAGAAAAGACGAGGGAGAUCUAGGGAUAGAUCAAGGGAUAGAAAAGAUGAAAGGAAGGAUAACAUGGGACAUCAGAGGACAGAUGAAGGUCGGGAGAGGAGAGAGCGAGAUGAUAAAGAGGAGAAAACUAAAACCUCUGAAGAGACAAAAAAGGACGAUCAAAAUUCUGAAUCAAAGAAAAAGGAAUCUAUAUUGACAAGAGCAGGUAUGUUGUAG